GUCAGCAGGGUACCUCUCCAAUAACUUUUCAUUGCAUGUUCGAAGACUUUUGCACGUUGGCUUUGCAUUCUUAAAUUGCUUCCAUUUCCGUUCUCAACGUUGUCUAGUUUAGUUAUCGCAAAAAUGUCCUGACACGAGCAUGGCUACCGAAGUACUAUCUUUCAGCUCUGUCAGGAAAGCUCAAGUUGUCAGGUCUCAAUAAGGGUUAAGUUUUAUUGUUAAACCUCGAUCAAGUAGAAUGAUGAUAGUGUAUUUUAACUCUCGAUAAGAACUACCGUUCUCUGAUAAUAUAUUGGUUCAAAUCUGGGCACUCUCAUAGCAGAUUUUUUUUUUCUUCUGAAUUUUCCGGUACUUUCAUCUUCACAACCUUCAGAUUCGAAUUAAGAAGUUCCAAUGAAGAUGUACAACUUAACCUGUUACUAUCCUCACAAACACCUUCCUCGCGGGUGGAUGAUUGAGAGCCGGAUGGAAGGCGCAACAAUCGCUGAAUUGCCAGAUAUAGUCCUGUUUACUGGUUUCAUGUUUGCGAUUUUGUGCUUCUACAACAAAUGCCGGUCUCUCUUUACGGGUUUCUUGAUUAAGGAGCUUGACAACUUGACUGAGAAGAUCAAAAACCUGGUGGAAAAGAUAUGGAUUAAGCUCAAGGAAAACAAGAUCGAGUAUUUGGGAGCUGUAUUUCAGAUACUAAACAUAGCUUUUUCAUCCUCUCUUUUAAGGGAUGCACAGAGAUGGAAAUCUUACUUCAUAGCAGGCAUAGCGAUAUUUGCUUUUCUCUGUUACUGUGUUGAGGUCUCUGUGGAACUGAGGAGACUUGAAGUUACCAGAACAUAUAUCCGUCCCGAGAGGAUGAACAACAUAGUAGUUUGGUUUUUCACUAAACAGCGUGUUUUGCAGUGCCUCGUUCCUCUAGUAACCUGUGUUUAUAGAAGCCAUCACAUGGAAGAUACUCGGGAAAGUGUUUCAUAUAUAAUUCCCAUGUCCGUUUAUGUUGUAGGUCAGCUGGCAUUCAUGUAUGCUCGUGAUCGAUACCAUUUCUAUGCAGCCAACUGACAACAUUUCGCACAAAGGGAAAGGAAUAUCUGAGGAAGACAAACGUGUCGUUGCCAAGAAGUUGCAGAUGCAAAUGUAGUGAAAGGGCACAGAGACAUGGAGAAGAACUCUGCUCCGGCACUGACAGGAGUGCCUGAGUCAGCUUGUCGACGCAAGGACAUGUAAUUCAUAUAUCAUUGUUGUACUCUAUAAUUGUUGGAUCAAAUUUGAGUUGUUUGUAUAACAUGAAAUCCAUCUCAAUUAGUUGAGAUAUAUUGGCAAUGAGUUUUCUGUUUUUUUAAUAUACAAUUCAAGUAUGGUUCUUGUC